AUGGAUAAUCAAAAUGAUGGACUUGAUGGUGCUUCUAGUCAACCUAUUGAGCAUCAUAUUCAUGAAUCAUAUGGGGAAUUUGAGGGUAAUGUUGAUGUUGAGAAUGAAUCUACUGAACAAAGUAGUGCUAAAAGUAAGAAAUUAACUUCGGAAGCAUGGACUUAUUUUGACCUUGUACAUGUGAAUGGUGUACAAAUGGCAAAAUGUAAGACUUGUAAGAAAAUACUUUCCUACAAAGGGAAUAGUGGAACUUCACAUCUUCUUAAACAUGCUAAGAAAACAUGUUCAAGUAGACAUUUAAACCUUGCAUCUAAUCAAUCACAAUUAAAAGUGAAAAGAGAAAUCGAUGGAUCUACUUACUUAGCAGUUAAUGAAAAGCCAAAGAAAGUGGUUUUUGAUCAAGAAGUAUCAAGGAAAGAAUUGAUGAAAAAGGUGGUAAUGCAUGAGUAUCCUUUAUUUAUGGUUGACCACAUUGGUUUUAGAAACUUUGUGAGGAGUUUAAAUGACAACUUUAAGAUGAUUUCGAGAAACACAUUGAAAAAUGAUGUGAUAAAAACGAACAACACAGAGAGGAGCUCUCUUAAAGUCUUGCUGGAGCGUGAUGAGGGUAGAAAUGCAAUAUCAACUGACAUGUGGACCACCUCUACUCAAAAAAAGGGUAUAUGGCUGUUUUGUUAUGUUCCAUACCCACAUAACAAAGAGGUUCUUGCCAAGAUAUUAUUGGAUUGUUUUUCUCAAUUCACCUUGGAAAAUAAAAUCUCUUCUAUUGUUGUUGAUAAUGCUACCACAAAUGAUGCAAUGAUGAAUGUCUUGAUGGAUAAAUUAGAAAGUAGUUCUUUAAUGUUGGGUGGAGAUUUUUUGCAUAUGAGGUGUAGUGCUCACAUUCUUAACUUGAUUGUGAGAGAUGGUUUAGAUGUCAUUGAUUCUGGUAUUUGCAAUGUUCGAGAUUGUGUUGCAUUUUGGAUGUCUACUCCUAAAAGAAUUGAAAAGUUUGAGGAAGCUUGUCGCCUUUUGAAUGUGACUAAACCUAAAGGGGUGAGUCUUGAUUGUAAAACUAGGUGGAACUCCACAUAUGAUUUGCUUGACACUUGUUUGCCUUUUAAAGAAGUUUUUAAUAAGUUGAAACGUCUACAAAGAAGGUUGAAUUUUGAUGUGCCUAGUGAUCAUGAUUGGCAAACGGCUACUCUUGUUUGUCAAAAGUUGGAAAUAUUCUAUAAGGCAACUAAGGUUUUUUCUGGUAGAAAUCAUCCAACUUCAAAUUUGUAUUUUCGUAAUGUUUUUAAUUUUGAAGGAACUUAUGCUUGUUCAACUAUCAACGAAGAUCGUAAGGAUGUGGAAAUAAUGGACAAUCUUGAUAUGGAUAUUGAUGAUGUUAGUGUUGAAGAAUUUUGA